AGGGAGCAGAGAGAGAGCGAGCGGGAGAGGAGCGGGCUGUGACUUCCACUGAGGCAGCCGGGAGAAAUCACCAGCCAGGAUUUGCUCCUCUCUCUCUCCCUCUCUCUCUGACUUCAAUUCAGCUCCUCCCCCGUGUGGUUGUGGCUUUGCCUUCCAUCACAAGCCUGAUCAGCAACGCCAGUCUUGGGGAAGAAAAAAAAAAAAAGGAAAAAGAGGGGGGAAAGAGAAAAACAGGGAAAAGUGCAAAAGAAGGAAAAGAAAACGAGAGGGAAAAAAGACAGGGGAAGAAAGUAAUCUCCUCUAUCCCCCGGCUGCAUCUAGCACAGCAGAGUCUGAAACUUUACGGAGUUUUCGCCGUUUACCCCGCGGCGAGUGAAUCGGCAGCACCCGGCUCCCUCUCUCCUGCUCUCUCCUUGCUCUUUCUCCCUCGCACUCAUCAGCAGUCGGCAGCGAUGGAAAAAGUUGCUGGUUGGUACCCAGCCUGGCACGUUGCUCUCCUGUACUGGACAUGGCUUUUCCUCUUCACUUUUGGCUUUACUGGUGCAGAAAUAACUUGCAGAUCCUGCCGUUCCCAGGUGCAUCUGCAGCAGCAGCCGCAGCAAGGAUUACUGAUGCACUUGAGGACCGACAAAGGAGAGAAGGAGCAGAGGAGGUUCUUUGGGGAGAAGGGAGGUGAGAGAGGACAAGAGGCCGGGACGGAGGAUGCCGGGCUGCGAGCGACCCUCGCCGCUGCUCCCACGGGGACGAAAUCCAGCGGCUGGGAGACCCGGCAAGUGAUGAAGGAGAAGGAGAAAGUGGCCGGGGAGCGCCGUCCCCGAGCGGCGGCGGCUCCGGCCGAGGACCGACCCCACCGUGGGCAGGCUCCCCUCCCGGCGGGCGGGCGGCCGGGCUCGGUGCGGCGGAGGGGCCGCAGCCCGCGGGGCUCCGCGGGGCCGGGGCCGGGCGGCGCCGCGGGGCGGGAGCCGGGGGACGGGGGCGCCGCCCGCUUCGGGCUGGAGGAGCUGCGGCUGGGUAGCACCACCUUCGCCCUGGCCGGAGACUCGGCGCACAACCAGGCCAUGGUGCACUGGUCCGGGCACAACAGCAGCGUGAUUCUAAUUCUGACAAAGCUGUAUGACUACAACCUGGGAAGCAUCACAGAGAGCUCUCUUUGGAGGUCAACAGAUUAUGGGACAACAUACGAGAAACUGAAUGAUAAAGUUGGUCUGAAGACUAUUUUGAGCUACUUGUACGUUUGCCCAACAAACAAACGUAAGAUUAUGCUGCUGACUGAUCCAGAAGUUGAAAGCAGCUUAUUAAUCAGUUCUGACGAAGGAGCCACCUAUCAAAAAUACCGUCUGAACUUCUACAUCCACAGUCUGCUCUUCCACCCCAAGCAGGAAGAUUGGAUCUUAGCCUACAGCCAAGAUCAGAAGUUAUUCAGUUCAGUGGAGUUUGGCAGAAGAUGGCUGCUUCUUCAUGAGGGAGUUGCACCAAACAGAUUCUACUGGUCUAUGAUGGGGAAUGGUAGAGAGCCUGAUCUCGUGCACCUGGAGGCAAAGACAGCAGAUGGUCAUGCCCAAUACAUCACCUGCAAGAUGCAGAACUGCAGUGAAGCCACUCGCAGCAAACCCUUUCCAGGCUAUAUCGACCAUAACUCCUUGAUCGUCCAGGGUGAUUAUGUCUUUGUUCAGUUGACAUCAGGAGGAAGACCACAUUAUUACGUUUCUUACAGAAGGAACACAUUUGCACAGAUGAAGCUGCCAAAGUACUCCUUGCCUAAGGACAUGCAUGUUAUCAGCACAGAUGAGAAUCAGGUGUUUGCAGCUGUACAAGAGUGGAACCAGAACGACACAUACAAUCUGUACAUCUCCGACACCCGAGGGAUCUACUUCACCCUGGCCUUGGAAAAUGUCAAGAGUAGUCAAGGGCUGGAGGGGAAUGUGAUGAUUGACCUCUAUGAGGUAGCAGGGAUAAAGGGAAUGUUCUUGGCUAACAAGAAGAUUGGCAACCAAGUGAAAACUUUCAUCACCUACAAUAAAGGGAGAGACUGGAGUUUGUUGCAGGCUCCACACACGGAUCUGAGAGGAAAUCCCAUUCACUGUCUCCUACCCUAUUGCUCCCUUCAUCUUCACUUGAAGGUCUCAGACAACCCCUAUACCUCAGGAAACAUUGCCAGCCGAGACACCGCCCCCAGCAUUAUUGUAGCUUCAGGUAAUAUAGGCACCGAGCUAUCAGACAAUGACAUCAGCAUGUUUGUUACUUCUGAUGCUGGGAACACUUGGAGGCAGAUCUUUGAGGAAGAGCACAGUGUUCUAUACCUGGAUCAAGGUGGAGUACUUGUUGCCAUGAAACACACAUCUCUGCCUAUCAGACACCUCUGGUUAAGUUUUGAUGAAGGGAGAUCUUGGAGCAAGUACAGUUUCACAUCCCUCCCACUAUUUGUAGAUGGAGUUUUAGGGGAACCUGGAGAGGAAACUCUCAUCAUGACUGUGUUUGGACAUUUCAGCCACCGCUCAGAGUGGCAGCUGGUGAAAAUAGACUACAAGUCCAUUUUUGAUCGGAGAUGUGCAGAAGAGGACUACAGGCCUUGGCAACUCCAUAGCCAGGGAGAAGCUUGCAUCAUGGGAGCCAAAAGGAUCUACAGGAAGCGCAAGUCAGAGAAGAAAUGCAUGCAAGGAAAAUAUGCUGGGGGUAUGACCUCAGAGCCAUGUGUGUGCACGGAGGCUGACUUUGACUGUGAUUAUGGAUAUGAACGCCACAGCAAUGGCCAGUGUUUACCAGCAUUUUGGUAUAACCCAUCUUCCUUGUCGAAGGACUGCAGCCUUGGACAGAGUUAUCUCAACAGCACCGGAUACCGGAAGGUUGUUUCCAAUAACUGCACGGACGGUGUGCGGGAACGGUACACGGCAAAACCACAGCAGUGCCCCGGCAAACCCCCCCAGGGCCUCCGCAUAAUCACAUCUGAUGGCAGACUGACAGCUGAGCAAGGGCACAAUGUCACUUUCCUGGUGCAGCUGGAAGAGGGAGAUCUCCAGAGAUCCCUCAUUCAGGUGGAUUUUGGAGACGGCAUUGCUGUGUCAUAUGCCAAUCUCAGCUCAACAGAGGAUGGGAUCAAGCACAUCUACCAGAACGUGGGCAUAUUCCGGGUGACUGUGCUGGUGGAAAACAGCCUGGGUUCUGACAACGCUGUCCUCUACCUGCACGUAACGUGCCCCUUGGAACAUGUUCACUUAUCUCUGCCCUUUGUCACCACGAAGAACAAGGAGAUCAAUGCCACAGCAGUACUGUGGCCAAGCCAAGUGGGAACACUUACUUAUGUCUGGUGGUUUGGGAACAACACAGAGCCACUGAUCACAUUGGAAGGGAGCAUCACAUUCACAUUUUCUGUGGAAGGCAUGAACACCAUCACUGUUCAGGUCUCAGCAGGAAACACCAUUCUUCAGGACACAAAGACUGUUGCAGUGUAUGAGAAAUUUCAGUCCCUGAGGUUAUCAUUCUCUCCGAACCUUGAUGACCACAACCCAGAUAUCCCAGAAUGGAGAAGGGACAUGAGCAGAGUAGUCAAGAGAGCUCUGGUGGAGGUGACAGGUAUUUCAAGCAAGCAUGUUCUGGUCGCGGUGCUCCCUGGUCUGCCCACAUCUGCUGAACUCUUCAUUUUACCAUAUCAAGAUGCCACAGGAGAAAAAAAAAGAACAGCAGCAGACGUGGAGCAGAUUUCCGAAUCACUGAUCCAGAAACUGAACCAAAAUCUGGUCCAUUUUGAGUUGAAGCCAGGAGUUCGAAUCCUUGUCCAUGCUGCCCAUUUAACAGCGGCUCCCCUAGUGGACCUCACUCCCAGUCACAGUGGUUCAGCUAUGCUGAUGCUCCUCUCUGUCGUUUUUGUGGGACUAGCCGUGUUUGUAAUCUACAAGUUCAAAAGGAAGAUUCCCGGCCUUAAUAUAUAUGCACAGAUGCAGAAUGAAAAAGAUCAAGAGAUGGUCAGUCCAGUCAGUCAGAGGGAAAGCAUACCUAAUGUCCCUCAGAGUGAGCUGAUGAGCCAUGAGCAACUAGUAGAUGAGAAGUUGGAAGUCCACCCCAUAGAGCAACCCCAGGCCACAGUCCAGAACCCAAGGAAAGGAAAUGCAACCAAGGUAGUCUGGACAGAGGACUUCCAAAAAGCUUGUGGAUCACCAAGAGGUUUCAAGCCAAGACCCGGAGCGGAAGUAUUUCCACAGCUGCUGAGUCCCAGAGCACAAAAGAAAUCCCUACCUAUGUAAAUGGUUGAAUUGAGGACACCAAUAUCUGUAUCUAAAAAAGGAGGAGAGCUCACUGCAUUUGGACUUUUUAAUUCUUCAGAUGACAAAGGGUUUUUAGCUUUAAGCCUGUGCAUGUGGACAUUAUACUGAGAUCAUAGUGGAACUGCAUUGUACAGGUGUUCAAUUUCAGUGGGGGGUGGGGGGAGAGGAACUGGUACCACUAUUCACUCCUACGGCCCUUCCCCUCACCCUUUCACUCUCUUUUUUCUGAUCUGUCUCUAAUUUGUAGAAAAUUCAUAAUGAUAUAGGCCAAGAAUAUGCAUGGGGGUCUCUU